UGCCCGAAAGUUUCCACCGAGAGUCCCCACCUCCCGCUUCUUCUCUUCAUUCGAAAUAGAUUAUAUAAUACUCCACAGAUUCAAAACCUAAACGCUCCAGUAGUAAUCAAUUCGGCGAUUUCUCUCUUCAUCUUAGCUUCAUUUCCUUCUACAAUAGCACAGCGAGAGGGCGCGGAAGAGGCAGCCAAAGAGAGAGAGAACCCCAGGUUUAUCUUCAGUAGGGAUUUGGUUUUUUCAGGGAUUUAUCAGGUUUCUAUCUAUUGCUAGUGUUGAAAGAAAUGGCUUUGGAGAUCACUUCAAUUCUGUUGUCUGCCCAGUCGCUGGAUGCAAAAUUUAGAAAUGAGGGGGAGGUUAAUCUUAGGCAGUUCCAAGAGCAGAAUUUGCCUCUUUUCCUUUUUUCUUUAUCAGUUGAACUUGCAAACGAUGAUAAGCCUAAUGAAUCUCGUCGAUUGGCUGGUAUUUUACUCAAGAACUCUUUGGAUGCAAAAGAUGCCACGAGAAAAGAACAUCUUGUCCAACAAUGGAUGAUGAUUGAAACUUCCAUUAAAUCUCAAAUCAAAGACUUGUUAUUGAGAACACUUGGUUCAUCUGUGCAGGAGGCAAGAAAUACAUCUGCCCAAGUAAUUGCCAAGGUUGCUUCCAUUGAGAUUCCCCGUAAGCAAUGGCCUGAUCUAAUUGGAUUGUUGCUCAACAAUAUGACCCAGCAAGAUCGUCCUGCAGCACUAAAACAGGCAACCCUGGAAACUCUUGGCUAUGUUUGUGAGGGAAUAUCCAAUCAGGAUCUUGUGCAAGACGAAGUGAAUUCUGUUCUUACUGCAGUUGUCCAAGGCAUGACCCUUGUACAACAUGGUCCUGAAGUCCGCCUUGCAGCAACAAGGGCUUUAUAUAAUGCCUUGGAUUUUGCACAGACCAACUUUGAAAAUGAAAUGGAGCGAAAUUACAUAAUGAAGGUGGUCUGUGAGACAGCAUUGUCCAAAGAGGCAGAGAUUAGACAGGGUGCUUUCGAGUGUCUUGUUUCAAUAGCAUCAACAUACUAUGAAGUGCUUGAACCUUAUAUGCAGACCCUCUUUCAACUCACAUCAAAUGCAGUAAAAGGAGAUGAAGAGACAGUUUCCCUCCAAGCAAUUGAGUUCUGGAGCUCCAUCUGUGAUGAAGAGAUAGAGCGUCAAGAAUAUAAUCGUCUUGAAAGUGGAGACUCUGAGCCUGUUCAUUCUCAUUUCAUAAAGAAGGCCCUUCCGUCUCUCGUUCCUAUGUUGCUGGAAACAUUACUGAAGCAAGAUGAAGAUCAGGGUCAGGAUGAUAGCAUUUGGAAUAUAUCCAUGGCAGGUGGGACAUGUCUAGGUCUUAUUGCCAGAACCGUUGGGGAUGAGAUUGUGCCUCUCGUAAUGCCUUUUGUGGAGGCUAACAUUGUAAAGCCAGAUUGGCAUUGUCGUGAGGCAGCUACAUAUGCAUUUGGCUCAAUUCUUGAAGGCCCAAGUGUUGAUAUUCUUAUCCCACUAGUUAAUGCUGGCUUAGAUUUUCUGCUUAAUGCUAUGAGGGAUGAAAAUAAACAUGUGAAGGACACAACUGGAUGGACACUCAGUCGUGUAUUUGAGUUGUUGCACAGUCCCGCUAAUGGAUUUUCUGUGAUUUCUAGUGAGAACCUCCAUCGGAUUGUGGCAGUUUUACUGGAGAGUAUCAAUGAUGCUCCACAUGUAGCUGAGAAGGUUUGUGGGGCAAUCUAUUACCUUGCUCAGGGAUGUGAGGGAGCAAGAAGUAGCUCCUCUCUCCUCACUCCUUGUCUUCCUGGCAUCAUCUCUCAACUUCUUAAAACUGCUGAGCGUACAGAUGGGGGUGACUCAAAGCUCAGGUCUUCUGCAUAUGAAACCUUGAAUGAGGUUAUCAGGUCUUCCAAUAUUGUAGAAACAUCCCAUAUUAUUGCGGAGCUGCUCCCAGUCAUCAUGAACAAGUUAGGGCAGACUCUAAAUGUUCAGAUUGUAUCUUCAGAUGACAGAGAGAAUCAAGGAGAUUUGCAGGCUUCACUUUGUGGUGUUCUACAAGUCAUCAUCCAGAAACUUGGCAGCACCGAUGAGACCAAGACCAUUAUACUUCAGGCUGCAGAUCCAAUUAUGAUUCUGUUCCUCCGUGUGUUGGCUUGCCGAAACUCUACAGCGCAUGAGGAAGCAAUGCUAGCAAUUGGUGCUCUGGCUUAUGCCUCUGGGUCAGAGUUUGGCAAAUACAUGCCUGAAUUAUACAAGUAUCUGGAAAUGGCAUUGCAGAAUUUUGAGGAGUAUCAGGUUUGUGCCAUCACAAUUGGGGUGUUAGGGGACAUUUGCCGUGCAAUGGAUGACAAGAUUUUACCAUACUGUGAUGGGAUCAUGAGCCACCUUAUCCGUGAUCUCCAAAGUGCUGAACUCCAUCGAUCUGUCAAGCCUUCCAUAUUCUCUUGUUUUGGGGAUAUUGCUCUUGCAAUAGGGGAGCAAUUCGUGAAGUACAUCGAGCCUGCAAUAACAAUGAUGCAGAGUGCUGCUCAAAUUUGUGCCCAGAUGAAUACCAGUGAUGAGGAGUUUAUUGACUAUGGUAACCAGCUCAAGUGUAGCAUCUGUGAAGCUUAUUCUGGUAUUCUUCAGGGAUUCAAAAAUUUCAAGACAGAGGUGAUGCUUCCACAUGCUGGACAUCUUUUGCAGUUCAUAGAAUUGCUCUUCAGAGAGAGCCAAAGGGAUGAGAGCGUGACAAGAGCUGCAGUUGCAUUGAUGGGUGAUGUGGCAGACGCUCUUGGUUCCAACACAAAGUUAUUGUUUCGAGACAACACAUUCUAUGUUGAUUUUCUUGGCGAGUGUCUUCAAUCUAAUGAUCAACAGCUUAAGGAGACAGCAAAUUGGACCCAGGGGAUAAUUGCACGGAUUAUGGUUUCAUGAUGUGCAGGUAGAAUACAUCAUCUAUUGCGAGUAAAAUAGUUGUUUAUGACUUGAUUUGAUUCUUGUUAGAUCAAAUGGGACACUUAGCUCUUCUCCUUUUUAAUCUCUGAUUAAAAGUGUCAAGGGCCUAGAAAGAAAAUGAGGUCAUGCUAAUUUUCUUGUAAUCUACUCUUGGGAUGGGGGAGAGAUUCUUGAGUUGAAUGCUUGAUGGAAUAAUACCACUUCUCGGUGGUUGAUUAGAUCA